AAAAAUAAAACGGAAAAGUAAAGUCAACUAUCCCACAAAGAGAUUACAGAGAUUAAUUUACAGAGGACGUUUUAAAUACUGACAACCUUAUAUAGAAGGCAUUUUGUUAAAAAUACUGAGAUGAAUGUUAUAUAUAAAACUGACGACAUUGUUAUUUCAUAAUAAUAUAAAUGACGAUAUAAAGGAUAUAUUUAGUACUGAAAAAAUGAAUUUUAUGACUGAUGACAGUUUUAUAUCACCGACUCAAUAUCAUGAUAUACUUACCAUAUUAUCAUAGUUCUGACGACCAUUUUGUAAUACUGACAACACUUUAUAGCAAUAACAAUAACAUAAAAAAGACAAUAUCAUAAUAAUGCUGACAAUAUUACACCACUGAAUAAAGUAUUAUAACAUAUGAUAUCGAUGACAAUAAUAUUUCAUAAUAAUGACAAUAACAUUUACUUUAAUAUUUAUGACAACAUCAUAAUGUAACACUUUAUAGGCACUAACACGAACAUAUUAUUAUAACUAUAACAAUAUCAUUGUACAUACACAAUUGGUGAAAAACAAAACCACUUUUAAUACGUCUGGAUGCGUAUCUAUUGUAUAACCUAUAGUUAUAAUUGCCUUAUAUUAUGGAUGAUAUCGGUCAAUAAAGGCUGUGAACUGUGAAAUGAAGUAUAAAAUCCACACACCAAUGAUGUAAAGUAUUUAUAAAAAACACACACCAAUGAUGUAAAGUAUUGAUAAAUUACCCACACAAAUGAUAUAAAAUAUGUGUACAGUCCCCACACAUUAGAUUCAAAGUGUUACCAAACUACAACGCAAGAGAUGUCACGUACAAGUACAAUCAAAUAUUUAUUUUUACAGGUUUAUAGUCAAUUUUAACAUUUUGGUUAUAUUUCGUAAAAUGGGAUUAUACUGUAUCAUAUUCAUCUCUCAAAUGAAAUUUGUAAAUAUCAAGUCACAUGAACGAUAACACUUAUCUUCGUAAUGUGCCACGAUACAGUUAAAAAAUAAAAACCCCGUACCAUUGUGUUUACAGCGUAAAUAUUCACCAUUUUCUACUUAUUUCUGACCCGUUUAAUGACGAGAAAAUCGGCGACAACCAUUGCCUGUACGUAAGGUGUAAACGUUUUUAAUGAGGCGGAUGUUUUGUGUUGAUAUUUUCAUAAAACGUUACCACAUGUUCAGUUAGUGGGAUGGUUACAAACUGACUAACGAUUGCAUAUCGAUAAUGGAAUGAUGUCUUUUAGAAUAGUCUUAUAUAUUAGCAUCAAACCCGCAUCAUGUUACAACCGGAUAUCUAAAAUCGGUCAUUGCUUGGAAACAAUUGUUUUUCAAAACGACAAACUUUCUUGUUCUAAAAUAUUACAACUCCUAUUUUACAUUUUUAAUGGAUUUAUUCAGAGAGCUUUUUAUCUGAAAAAUAUUCGUAUUCGUUCUAAAGUAAUGGAUAUUUACAUAAGUAAUAUUAAGCAGUGCAUUAUAUAAUAAAAAGUCGCUACAUGUUUUCUAAAAAUGGAUAUGAUAGAUACAAUAUGUACUAUGUUUUCGCUGAAAUCCUUUUUCCACUGAGUUUUCAUGAGUAUAUCCUUUUAUUAUCGGCCGACUAUUUUCGGCGUCUAGUGCUAUUUAAUCACAACUCAAUUCAAUUAAUAUUAAGACAUGACGAGACAAGUAUAAUUUUAAACAAUAUUUUGAUAGUUAUCUCGCCUAUUUUAAAUCUAGUAAAAUGCAUGCAUAUUGUUUUUAAUUCAGUUUAGUUGCUGACUAGCGCAUGGAUGGAAAUUGCUAGUAAGACACAUAGCGCCUUUGUACUGUAUGGGUAAGAUUUCCUUAGUCGAAUCGUUAAAAUAAUAUUUAAGUGUUGUUGUUUUAUUAACAAAAUAUACAAAACUAAAUAAACAAAUAAAUAAAAACUUAAAAGAGAAUGUUUGGCUGUGGCAUUUCAUAAGGAUCAUUUCCUUCGACAUAAGCAAAACAAUACAUGAAGAUAUAAGACGAUCUAAGCCGUGAAAUGUCUUCAACUAGCAUUGCGUAUCAGGGAAAUAGUAAAAUCUGAAAUCAUUGUUAAAUGCUAUAUUCCAUAUUAUUUAUCGCUCACAAAAAUAGUCAAAAAUCUUUGUUUUCCUCUUUAAAACUAAACAUAUUAUCAAAGAAUUUUUAUAACGCUUUAUUGUCCUUUGAUUUCGUUUGAAAGAAAAUGAUAACUUUAUUGCUUUUUCUUAAAUAAUAAUAGCAUGACGUCGAGACAAUGUUAGUAAAUAUGAUAUAGGUAGCUUUGUGUUGUAGAUACUGUCGGCAAUAUACAUGUACCACACACUCAUAUGUCUACCAUCUAACAUAAUAGACAGCAGUGUUUAACAAUAAUAAUCAACGUUUAAUAUCCGGAUUUCCAGAUUAAAUAUAUCAGACAGCUUAAACUCCGAUUUAAUAAACAUAAACCAUUUGUCAACAAAAUGCAAAAUACGGAAUCGAUUUUAAUCAAAUUAAACUAAUACUUAAAUUUAGAAUGGCAUCGAGGCAAUCCGUCUUGUUUAAUUUUUGUUUUGACUAAGAGUUUCACAAAUACUCUGAUUACUACACACUUAAUAUAAUAUGAACAUGGUCAGUAAUGUAGCUCUUGUGGAAUGUUUUUUUUCCAGAAAAAAUGUCUUCGACUAAAUUACAAACCUAUGAUGAAUUGAAAAAUAAUAUAUAAAUGUCUUAAAAACAAAAUAAGAAGUAAUGCCUGACUAUGAAUUUUUAACAUUUAACAUAAAAUCAAUGUGACGAAAUAAUUAUAACUGAAAUAUUAUGUAUUUUAUUAAUAUUGGCUCCUGAAAUAAACAAACGACAAAUCAUACGGAAAGGAGAAGCAUGUAUCCACUGUUUCAAUCGUUAUAUGAGUUGUUUAAGUUUUCACUUUUAUAGCUUGCACAUAGUAGGUCGCUAAAAUAAAAUAGGAAAAUCGCAAAUUACCUCUGAGAACGUCUGACGUAAUGAAAUAGAAAAAUAGAAAAGAUAUUUAAUGUAUCUUUAAAUAUAUUUUUGAGUAUCUAUAAGAAACCAAAAUAAGAUAUGUUAUUUCUUAAAUUAUGUCGAUUAACGCCGUUUUCGUUUAUUUGAUUUAUUGUGUUUUAACAUUGUAUCAUAAUACAGAAAUAUAAACGUACGAUUCUAAUAAAACGUUUAACCUACUCCAGGAAUGCAGUAAAAUUACAAACAUUAUGAUAGGGGUAUAAAAACGUUUUAAUAUGUAUCCGGAAAAUAAUCUUUUAUUAAAUUAUUAGAAUUUGCAAAUAAAUUAUCUGUAAUUUGCUUUAGGCUUUUUUUAUCGAACUGUUCUAUUUUUUUCCGGUGAAAACGAACAACAGAUAUUUAUAUUCCCGGUGUGUUUACGUGGCAGAAUUUAAUUCCCUACAAUUAUUCUUGAUCUAUCUCUAAAUUAUACAGUUUAGGAUUGACAUAUAUCUUGCUCAAACACAAUAUACUAACUAUACUGAGCGUUCUGAUGCAGCUCCGGUCUGAGACACAACCCGAAAGGCUUGUGUUGUUAUCAGGAAACUGCACUCCAUCGAUAACGUAUCACGCGGCCAACCCCUGUUCCCACCAUGGACACACACACACAUACAGCACAUACGAGCAGUCCAAAUUAGCAUAAACAUAUACAUCUACCUUGGUCAUAUAUAAAUACACCUAAGGCUGGUAUACACUCACCGUACAUGUAAAUAACAUUCUCUGUCCUAACACAUGCCAAAACACAUAGCACGAAAUCCUUGAAUUAAAUAUGUCCUCGCGAUCUAUUUCCGGAGAGGUUGCUGCAUAGCAAUUUAAUAUCCUCUGCUUGCCAUUCCAUGUAAAUUUGGCCCAGGCAGGGGUCGAAGGUCCCUCAGACUGGAAUUAAAGCUUGAAUCACUCAAUGUUUACACGUGAUCAAAAGUGAAUACACACGGUUUCUAGAUCCCCUAGUUUAUCUCCGUGAAGUUUAUUAUAUGUAAAAUGAGAGUGUACGGAAUGAUAAAUCAGGCAGACCCCGAAUCUCUCCUCCAUUGACAACACCAAUCUACUCACAACCACCGGCAGCCAUUUUUCCUUUCAGCUUGCUAGCAAGGGGUAUUUUCAAAAUACAUCCACAUAUUUUCUGUUCAUGACCGGUUGGCCGGCUUACAAUGGUAAUACACUUUUUUCCAGGUCAGCAACGUCUUUCUCUGGGUCUAAAUAACCACUCCCUUCCUCGUAAGCCGUGACAGUUAUGUUUGUUUACACGGGCAACUAAGAAACCUAAGUACGGGACAGGCAGAUAAGUAUGUCCACAGGGGAUUCGCGGCUAGCCAAUCACAGCCGUGCUUGCUUAGCUCGGAUAGACAACCCGCACCAACAAUAACUCAAUGUGUCGUGAUCACUACAGCAAGCCGCCAUGAUAGAACCCGCCUGGUAAUGCAGGCUACAGUGGGGUUUUACACACCCAACAUAAAUGUUGAUUUUUUCAUGGAAUUAUCGUUUUUAAAGGUAUGGAAGACUGGAAGUGUGUGAUAGGAAAUGGCCACUGUACCCGGGCUUAUGGAUAAUAAAACUCUUUGGAUAUUUACAUAAUGGACGCUCCACUUGAUUUUACUCUGGAUCGAGCUCGGCUUAUUGGUGCUAAUGCUAUUGGGACGUACGAAACAGGUUUCGAUGCCGCCCAUUCCGCAGUGCUUGGACGACCGGGGGCAGGGGCAACCGCCCUACAGGACAUUGCCCGGGGGACGACGCCAACGACGUCUCAGUACCAGGCAUAUCCAGCCCGGUACCUUCCAUCCUCGCUCCCCAUCCCUUCCCAAGGUGGCGGGUACUCCAUGAUGUCUAGCUUUCUAUCGUCAGGAGGGGGAGGAGCGCCUAUGGGGGACCACCUCAAAGCUAUUAUCCCAGACUUUCAGUACUGGAAUAACCCAAGUGACGGUUGUGCCAGGUACAUUGUAAACAACAACACGAUCUACUCUUCGCCUUACCUCAACUACUUACCUGCCACCGAGUCCCUGUCUCUGUUUGCUCAUAAUGUGGGCGUGGUUCCUCCCCCAACUUCCGGUCCCGCCCCCAUCGGCUACCACCGGAUGUAUGACCUUCAGAAAGAAGCACUAUACAACGGCACGCCUCACGUUCCAGGAGGGCCGCCCCUGUAUCAACCUACUUCCGGCGUCUCUCCUCCAUCAACCCGUGCCUCGGAAUCGCUCACACAUUCCGGAAAUCUAGCCGUCAAAAAAGAGUCGGGUCGCCAUGGCGACACCAAAAGGUCAUCAGAAAGCAAACACGUAACGAAGUCAGUCGAAUCACAAAAGACGUUAAUCAAUUCAAAACAUUCAAAGGACCCCGAUAAAAAGAGCGAUUCAAAGAAAUAUCCGGAAAAGUCGGACAGGCUCGGUGAGGUGAAGCAGGAACACACUAAGGCUUGUUCUAAACAACACGACAACAACAAAGAGGUGGUCGUGCCAACGUCGUUGUCAGCAAAUAGUCAGCCUCACGUGAAAGCUAAAUCAAAUUCUACGUCGCCCACACGCGCUCAUGUGGACAAACGCAAACAUGAUCAAGAUAUUUCUCCGUCACGUUCUAGAAAAGAGAUUGUUCUUCCUGCCUGUGAUAAGGAAAGUGAUAAGUCAGAGACAAUUAACAAAUCGGACGGUAAAGUCGAGUCGCUUACGUGUAAAAACAGUCAUGAGGGCGAAAAAGAGUGCAAAGAAAAGGUGGUACCUACCCUUACAACUGUCACUAUGACUUCUGAUCAAAGUGUGACAUCGCCACAAUUAAGCCCGAAGUCCGUCGGUAUGGUUGCCCCGCCACUCAACAGAGGCGGUCUUUCCCCGGAAUCCAGUGCAGUACCCGUAACAAGUGACGCGAUCACAUCAACGACAUUUUCUCUGCCAUAUUAUCAUUCAAUAUAUUCGCAUUCACAACCAAGUAUUCCCGAUGGGAAGAAAGUGCAUGCACCAACCUUUACACCGGAAAUAGGAACGCUACCUAGUGUGGUUGCCAUGACAACAAUGCCUGUUCAAACAACCGCGUGCGAUAUGACAAUUAAGAAGGAAAGAGGUUCGUAUUCCUGCUGUAAGGACAAAUGUGCUACAAGUGUGUCUCCGUGUGCCGUUACUCACCAACCCUGUGUGUCUCCCUCAAAACCCGGUCAUGACAAAAGGGAGACCACUCGACAGUCCAGAAAAAGCUCCGACGGAAGGGAUGCUAAGUCCAAAAAGACACCCAAGGUGUUUGAGGUUGGAGACAAAAAUUCUCGAUCCCCAGUAAAUGCUAGUGGUUCGUCCCAGUCUAGUGUAUCCCCGGUAAUACAGACAAAACAGGUUGUCGUAACAAAACCUGAGAAUGUUUCAAAUUCUGUACAAGUUCUUGAGAAGGCUGCGGAAAAAGUGAAACCAAUGACAACCAAAGAACAGCAUGUGGUUCCGAUCCGGGCCACGACAGAGGGGUCUGUUAAAACUCCCAUUUCUGACGACACAAAGAUAACAAUGAAAGGUCUUGCUGCAACUGCGGAGGUGACAGGGUCCAAACGUGCCAUGUGCGAUGGCACACCAUCCCCAGGAAUGGUUGAUCCACCUAAGACUGCCUGUCGCGAUAACGAAGCCCCAGUUACGUGCGUGAAAGUCCAACCACAGUGGCUUACAUCAGAGGACAGCACAAGGACUCGUAAUAACCCGAAAACCGAGAGUGCAGUGAAACCGUUAGCCCGAAGUGUCCAACACUGUAAAUCGACCAAGGAUAUCAAAUCUAAACUUCACGAGAAAAGUUUGCGUUCCCGGGAGUCCCGACGAAAGUGUGAUAGUCACGGAAAGGAUGAUAGCUCUUCCUCAUUAGGAAUGAACAUACCUAUCGGAAUAGCCGUGGCACAGAAAAGGGAGGAGUUCAAAGAGGAGAACAUCGAGCCAGAUACCGACCCUACCCCAGACCUCGGCAGGAACCCCGGUGAUGUUCGUAGGAGCCCAGGGGACGGGGAGUCACACCCUAUCACGGCGGUCCAUCACAGAGGCGAUGGACAACCGAGCGCCUUCGCUGGACCUAUCAUAUCAAAAUCAACAUCCCCAAAUGCGCCAGGUCCGGACAUGCGCAACACGCUUCCGGCAAAUCUCAUUGUUACAGGUUCAGCGACUGGGGCUGGCAUCGCAUGGUCGGACGACCCGGCCGCACGUCAUUUCCCGAGCCCGUGGUUACAAACGGGUCAUGGCAUGAACCCAGCUUCUUGGAUUGGGCAGAUGCCCUUCACACUUCCACCGAACAUUCCCACAACCUCUGGCACGACAGAUCCAAGUCAACUACCAGUGUCCGUUCCCCCGGGCUACAAACUGGUCCAGGACUCGGUCACCGGGCAUCUGAUUAUCAUGCCAGCGUCAAAUAUAGAAAUGUAUGACCCCAGUAGGAUGUGGCCGGGUGGUUUCCCCAGUACGACCCACCCAAAUACAUUCCAACAGAUCAUGGCAGUGCAUCAACAGAACCAGAUCCAGCACCAAGUCAUAGGGCAUCCAGGGGACCGACAGCCUACCACAGACUUUGCCCUGGCGGUGCAGCAGUACCAACAGCAACUACAGCAUAUUUAUCAGUCACGUCCAGAAACUGGGACGACAGAGACAUGUGCACCACCAUCAGGUCAAGCUUCAAUCAUUGACCACUCAAAAUCAUUCGAAAAUACGACUUCAAAAGAAAUCCAUAGUUCCAGCAAAGCUCCCUGUCCGUCCACAGACGCCGAUCACACCGGCAAACCAGCAGCAGUGGUUCCCCACCCACCAAUUCAAGACCUUACUCUACACAAUGGACAGUCACUGUCUUACCAGUACCCCGCCUUACCACUAGUCUAUAGCCCUUCACUGGUCCCUGCUAUCCCCAUACAGGACGCUGUUAAAACAGAAACGUCAACGGUGCAAUCACGAGGGACUUCGCCCAUGGUUCCUGCAAGUGAGAUUGACGAUACUUCACAGGAAGUGAUAGAUGCAGCGCCAUCUACAACACAAUCUAUGUGUGACAUUGUAAUGAACAUUGCAAAUGUUUCCCAAAGUAUUGCGUCAGUACAGACGUGUACGACAAACGCGUCAUCUUCUACGGGGCUGGUGACGUCUGUCACCUGUUCAAUAACCAAAGACAAAUCUGUGUCAAAUUCUGUUGACGAGUCAAAGACAGAAUCAUGUGACACGCCCAUCCAACCAUUAGAAAGUGAAAUUCAUACUAAAUCAGAAAAGGAGCAAUGUCUGUCGAAAGAUGGAACUCCCGAGUGUAAACUUGACACAAAACGUGUUGUAACACCAUCAACGUCAGUGACGUCAGUCGCCGUUGACGAGGAUGUUAAAAGUGUUAGUGAACGUUCUGAAACUAAGGAACCUCCCGGUGAUGUAAUUUGUGUGAAACAGAACGAAACUAAUCAGAGUCAUCGUGAUUAUAAUCCAUUCCUAGACCCCCAGAUUCUCCAGGCAGCUGACGGAUUAGAACUUCUCAGCACGCUCGCAGAAAUACGAGCAAAGUGUGUGACUUUGGAGACGCCAGUUGCUCCCCCUAGUGAAGGUAUCGAGGUAUCUCCCCAGGCCCCUGAAGACAUUAAAGUGACAAAGGAGACAUCGGGGCCAAAAACGACAAAAAUACCUGAUGCUUCUAAGAUAUCUAAAGACACAGAGGAUACCAUUGAUAAAAAGGUGGCCAAGGAGACAGAAAAGGCUGAAAAGAAGGUAUCAACACAGGAGAAACCAAAACCAAGUGUUCAACGCAGUAAUUCGGAUACACCAAAACAGUCAAGGAAGAGACCACUCAGUCGGACGCGGUCGAUACCUGCUAAAAGCGACCAAAAAUCAGAACCAGCAAGUUACUAUACUUCAACAGGACUCAAAAUUCCACAAGACCUUACUGCUUUUCUUGAUAUAGGGGAAGAGGAAAUCAAUGCCAUCGAACUGGACAUGCGCAUUCGAUUGGCUGAACUCCAGCGACUGUAUAAAGAAAAGCAACGGCAGCUAGCAAGACUUCACCCUAAAAGGGAAACAGAUGAUGCUCUUUCUAAACGAGGACCAGGUCGACCAAGGAAACGAAAACAUCAAACAGUGCCUGACGCACAGAAACAGGAGCCUGCGCAACCGAAAUCUAAUCAGACAAAAACUAAGGAACCCGUGGUCAAGAAAAAGAAGCAGGCGGAGGAACUGGUUGACAGGGUGUUUAGAAAGACUGGAGGAGGGUUUGGGAUGCCACUCAGCAAGAAACUAAAAGCAAAUGCCAUGGCAGCUUUGUUCAAAACCCAGUCAGGGUUUACAGUGAAACGGAAGGGCAUCACAUCCAGUCUACCAGGAGGAGGCAAAUCUUGUGACUCAAUAAAAAUGAACGAAAAAAAACCUGUAGCCAAAAAACCAGAGUCGCAGCCUAAGACAUCCGUCAUCAGCAAAGGUAACCUGAAACCUUCUUCACCCCCUGAUAAAAAGAGUGUUUCUUCAAAUAAAGAAAGCUUUGCUACCCCUAAAAUAAAAUCCGAGAAUUUCUCAAGUGGGCUACUGGUUAAACAGACGAAACCAAAAAAAUCCCUUCAACAACCUGAACAGGACAAAACACAUGGGCAAGAAGACUGCGGACUUGGUAUGUUGGCUACUGUAGCAGACGACAGUGGACUGGGUAUGCUUGCAAAAUACGCAAGUUGCGCUGUAGCCGAGCACAUUCCCGCCAAAAAACAUAAAAAGAAGCGAGAGGAAGGUGUGUGUACUACGUCAUUCAAGCCGGAUGUUAUUGCUGUCCCCACUGACAUCCCUAAGAAUGAAAUGCCUGCAUCAGAUAGUAAAGAAGUUAACACUGCUUGUCCCAGUACGAAUACUACCACGCCUGCCGUAAAACGAGAAUCUGAAUCGGAUUCCACACCUGAAAGUUCCUCGUCUGUAAAUAAGAAGCGAAAACCUGGGCGACCUCGAAAAUGUAACCCUAACACUACGCCUGGUGUUACAGAAACCAUUGUUGCAAGGAACUCCAAAAAUUUCUUCUACCACUUCCAUUCAUUUGAGGACGUUGUGAAAGCACAUUCCAACACGUCUGCGCAGGAACGGAAGACAAAGGUUGAAACUUCCACUCCAAUGGAGCCAUUGUAUUUAGAUCAGGAAUGGUUUAUUCGGCGGAGCGAGCGGAUUUUCCUGAGUGAACCGAGUCCACAACCUUCACCUAAUACCACGAAUGUCUCAGCGAACACUCCUAAACCACAAGCAGCAGUCACACCACCAGCUAAAAAAUCACCGCCUACGACAGCACCUUCUCCCGCCAAAUCUAAAAGUGAAAAAGCAAAACUUCAGAAAGCCAAAAAUAUCAAGGAGCUUACUCAGAAGGUCAAAAACAAAUACAACAAAGCAUUCCAAUACAAGAGCAAGGCGAAGGAUACCAAACAAAAGCCAAAACGAAAGAAAGAACGUUUAAAGUCGGAACCAAUAGUGAGUGGCUACGACUCGGAUAGUAGUGGCAGCGACAACAUCCCUCUCAGCGUGCUGCGCGAGAUGCCUUCUAUCCCAGAACCCCGUUCCUGUGCAAUCAGUAAGGACGAAUUAGCAGACAAUCUGAGGGUACUGGUGUUUAAAGACGGCCUGUUCUAUGAGGGGGCCGUUCAGGGGAUUCGUCCUCCUGACGUAUACGGAGUUCUUAUAGACAACGAGAGAGGCAACCGCCCCCACAUCUACUCUCAAGAGGAGAUCCUAAAGGAGGUGAUUGUGGACGUGAAACCUAGCACAACUCGCUGCCUCCUCGAAGGGAUUCGUGUGUGUGCCUACUGGAGCCAACAGUUUAGCUGUCUCUACCCGGGCACAGUUGCAAAAGCGAGCCCAAACCCUCAUGGCGAUACCGGUUCCAUUAAUGUGGAGUUUGAUGAUGGGGACUCUGGCCGUAUUCCAUUGGAUCAUAUCAGAAUGCUACCAAAGGACUUCCCUCACGUUUCGUAUGAUCCUAAUCCACUAUUACUGAUAGGAAAGCGACGUCGUCACACAACGUCUGAUAGCAUGGAACCACCUCGAAAAUCUCAAAGCUCUGCACAGUCGUCAGAGUCUGCCCUUAAAACAAAACGAGGUCCCGGACGACCUCCAAAACCGAAGAAAGAUGAUGCAAGUCAACAGAGCGAUGCUUCUGCAGCAGAGGAAGACGAAGAGGAGGAAGUGGAUGUUUGUGGAUUCGAUGAAGAUCGAGACGAUGUAUUCAACCAUGGCUUCUCGAUGGAAAGUUUCCGUAAGGAGAGAUCUAAAUCAUCCAACAAUGCUAAGGAGUCUGAUACAAAACAAACGAAAAGAGAUCGAUCUUCGAACGGGACCGGCAAAGACUCUGAAUCGGAGGUUAAAUCAAGUGGGAAGAAACGAAAAAAGGACAAGGAGUAUUCCGAUGAUUCUAAGGAAUCGGAUAUUUCUGAUGAUGGUGAUGAUGUUUCUGAUGAUGGCUCGAGGAGCUCAGAUCAAGGUAAAACACGAUAUCAUUGUAAGGAUUCUAGCAUCAAAAGUAAGAAACUUCAUGUCACCUCUUUGAUAAAGGCAGCUACAUUUGAGUACAAAUCUUCAGGAUCCCUCCAUAUUCUAAAUAGGAACAAAAGUGAAAGUAGAAUUGACAAUUUGUAUAUGGAAAGUGAAAACGAUUAUCAGCAGUGGGAUGGUGAUAGUAAUUCCUUUGGUGAAGACGCUAGUACUUCAGGACAUCACGCCAAACCCAAGUGCACAAAAAGAUCACUUUCCACUGAGAGUAAAAGCAAAAUAGCAGCUUUUCUUCCCGCAAGACAGCUCUGGCGGUGGUCGGGCAAGUGUACAAAGCGCCCUGGCCUCAAGGGAAAGGCCAAAAAGGAAUUCUACAAAGCUAUAGUGCGAGGUCGAGAGAAUAUUUUGGUUGGCGACUGCGCAGUAUUUCUUUCCACUGGAAGACCCCACCUGCCAUAUAUCGGUCGGAUUGAUAGCAUGUGGGAGGCAUGGGGUGGGCAGAUGAUUGUCAAAGUCAAAUGGUUCUACCACCCAGAGGAAACACGGGGAGGAAAGAAACUCCAGGACAUGAAGGGAGCUUUGUUCCAGUCCCUUCACAUAGACGAGAACGACGUACAGACAAUUUCUCACAAGUGUGACGUCCUUUCGUACAAGGAGUUCUGUAGGCGACAGAAAGAAUUACGGAAGAAAUGUGGGAAUGGAGACGAACAGGACGUUUAUUAUUUGGCGGGAACAUACGAACCGACCAUCGGGUUGCUGAAAUUCGAAAAAGACAUAGAUAUCACUUGAGGAACUGUGAAAAGAGAUUAAAAUUACAGAUAGAUGAAGUGUUGAUAAAAUUGAUUAUUAACACAUGUUGUGAUGUGGAGAACACACAAUUUUAAGUAUUUCAUUUGAUGACGUAUACGUAUGACGUCAUUUAUAGAUACAGAAAUAUGGCGUCUUCCUACUGUGAUAUUUUAAAUCCUGAAACUCAUUGUCUAUGAAUUUAUCAAUCAGUUUGCCGCAAAAAGAUGUCCUCUCCCGAUGAGGACAAUGGUGAUGAUGUUAUGCUAAUGUAGAAAAUAUUAACCCCAGACUUUACACGUUAUUUGGGAUGUACAUAAAACCGAUUAAGAACUGUAACAUGUACACGUAGAGUCCAAAGGUUGAAUGAUAAUGACGUAUUAAAAUGAUUGACGGAAGUGGGGGUAAUGAAAUAGAGCGCAUGUGAUUGGUUAUAUUAGUGACACACUGUUAAAUCGCACGCCACCUAGUGGUAAAGGUUAUCCAAGUUUGUCACAGUUACUGUUCGAGAUAUGAGAAUGCCACGGCUCGUUUUCAAUGUGAUGCUACAUCCAACUGGUGAUGAUGUGUUCUGUAAUUACUGUUGUCGUUUGAUGCCGAAACAAAACGCAUUUUGUAUCAAUGAUGAAAGAUAGACGAUUGUUAUGCAUUUUAUUAAAAUAGAAACAGAUACAAAAUGUCGGCAAAGAUUGGUGCUUUCAUGAGCCAUGGCUCUAAAAUGUUGAUAUAUAUAGAAAUGUUACGCAUAUAUCUUUUUUUUUAAUUUUAUGCUUGUUAGACCAUUCAUAAUUCUCAUUUCUUUAAAGGUCCUAUGUACAUAAUAUAUCUGGCUUUCUUUGUGCAAUAACUGGUGCAUAUGCAUCUACAUGUUAUCCUUGGUUGUCGUCCAUAUAUUGUAAAUACUGUAAUUUUCUACCACAAAUGUGCCCGGAAGAUGCAUUUGACAAGUGCUUGACAUAUAUGAAAGUGCUGAAAGUCUAUUAUAUACGAUUUAUAUACUGUUUCAUCUUUAACCUCAUCCUUCCUACGGUUGCGAUGACCUUUUGCAUAUAUUUUAUGUUUGUUGGAUUAUUGCAUUUUAAGGCAUCGAUCUGUUGAUAAUAAAUAGACUUAAGGAGAACAUGAAACAAAUAACAGAAACAAAACUUUCCUUUAAGUAUUUACAACACAAUAGAUACAACGAUUCUACACAUAAAUUGCACUCCAAACAUUAUCAGAAUAAGUUCUCUACACAGGUUAUACGAUUAAAGAAUGUAUACAAUGAGUCUAAAUCAUCAAGUCGAUACAAUACGUCUAUACACAGAGUAACUUUUGUAUACACAGUAACAUUUAACACAAGUUAGCUUUAUAUCUACACAGUAAGUACUGUCUACACAAUUACAAUGUUGGUUCAUCUUUAAAGUCUUUCAGAAAAGCAAAUAAUGAUUGUUUCAUUAUAUUGUAGGUUAUGUGAAUGUAUGUGUUUAUUUGUAUUGGCGCCAAGCGCCACUGAGACGUGAUUGAAUGGAGCAGAUGAAAGGUGCGAAUACGUGUUACAACAGUUAAAUAGCAAACACAUGGCAAUUCGCAUUUACUUAUCAAAUAAAAAUAGGUGAACUUAAAAUUGAUUCUGUAAUAUUAAAUGUAGACUUUUUUUAUAUGAUGAAAAGUCGAAGUACAAUGGACUUAAAUUAUUUACAAAAAAGUGUUCGUGAAAGCAAUUAUCAUUGAUACAAAAUAAUGAGCGGGCCAUAUUUUUACAAUUUCAAUACUUCAGAUAAUUGUAGUCUUUGAUAUUUUAUUGCAAACAAAAUGAACAAUAUAAAUAAUAUGAGAGAAGAGUAUUAUGAGCAUCGAUAUGAGUGGAUGGGAGCAUGUGAACACUAGGAGUUUAUGCGAGAGAAUGGGAUCAUUGUGUAUGUAUGUUAAGGAUCAAGAUGGAAGUGACAUUAUGAGUGUAUGCGAGGACGAGAGAUUGGAAGUGUUAUAAGAGUGUGGGGACAAGAGGAUGGAGACAAUAGCAUCGUGUCCUCCCAUUUGGGUGCGAUAGAGGAAUUUCAACUCAAGGGGGAAAUUUUUCAAUUUUCAAACACAAUGCUUGUCGACCGUUUGGCAGCUUAAAAAACUUUUGUUCCCAGAGGGUUGAGAUUCCUAUCUCACAUCAGGAAUGGAAUGUCCCUUCCUCUGUUAACUCUGUACUGUAUAUGAUGCAAUGUUUAAGUGACAUCAUACCAUUAUUUUGCCCGGAAAAAUUCCCAUCUAAACCCAAGGAUGAGGCAAUGAUAUCUCACACCGGGAAAAUUGUUGAAACCUGUCUAUGGGGAAGAGAAAUGUAUGGAAGCAUUAUGAGUGUGCGAGGACAAUAGAAUGGAGAAAUUAUGAGAGUAUGAAGGAAUAAGAGGAUGAAAGCGUUAUACAUGUGCGAGGACAAUAGGAUGGAAUCGUUAUAAGUGUAUGGGGACAAGAAAGUGAGGGCAUUAUGAGUGCACGUGUUAGAACCAGAUGGGGAAAUCCUUUUGAGUGCGCGGGGACAAGUAGACGGGGAAUAUGUGCGUGAAAGGGGAUGCGAAAACGAAAGUGACCUCCGUGUUAUAAGCGUGAUAGAGGAAUGGAGUAGUAUACCUGUAUGUGAGGAGACUAGAUGGGGGCGUUAUGGGUAUUAACAACCCGAUAAGAACUUUCUGAGAAAAAGAGGGAAACAAGUCGAUAGAACAGUUAUGGAUGUAUAGACGGGACGAGACGACGGGAGUGUUGUAAGUGUGAGCUGUAAAAGAAGUGUCUAGUGAUGUGUGUGUUGGUAUGUGUUGUUAAAUAUGUUCUCAAGUCGUUAAUGUGUAAUAUCUGUUUACAAAAGGCGUAUAUGUCUUAUAUCUGUUUGGAAAGAAUGUGUAUGUUAGGCAUGUAUGAGAUACAUGGGUCAUGUGCAUUGUCAGAUUGAUAGUUAUUAUUAUAAUAUGGCAGAAUUGACAAUUGUAUGUAAUGCAUAUUGUCUUUUUUUAAAUGUCUAAAACAUCAGACACUUGUCCGUGACUUGUCUCAAUAAAGUUACUGCUCAUUUGAA